AUGGAGACACCUGUGGUUGGCGUCUUGGGUGGCGGGCAGCUGGGGCGGAUGCUGGCUGAGGCUGGGCACCGGCUGGGCAUCAAGGUUGUGGUGCUGGAUCCGUUGGGUGAGGCAUCGCCGGCGGGUCAGGUGACGCACGGGGCGAUCCAGGGCAGCUUUAAUGAUGCUGAGAAGAUUCAGGAGCUGGCACGCCAGGUCGGCGUGCUGACGGUCGAGAUCGAGCAUGUCAAUUGUGACGCGUUGGAUGCCGUCGUGGCCGCAGGCACGCCCGUGCAGCCGUCCCCGCACAGCAUUCGCCUGAUUCAGGACAAGUUUGCGCAGAAGCAGCACUUUGCCGCCCAUAAUUUGCCCCUCGGAGCUUAUCGGGAGGUUGCAUCGGCCGAGGACGUGGCCGCGGCGGGCCAAAGCUUUGGCUACCCCCUCAUGCUCAAGUCCAAGCGCAUGGCCUACGAUGGCAAGGGCAAUGCCGUGGUGGCCAACGAGGAAGGGAUUGGUGCCGCCAUGGAGGCACUCAAGUCCACUGACUUGUACGUGGAGCAGUGGGUGCCCUUUGUCAAGGAGCUGGCUGUUAUGGUGGUCCGCGGGGCCACCGGGGAGGUCACCGCUUACCCCGUCGUCGAAACCCGCCAACAAGACAGCAUCUGCCACACCGUGCUUGCCCCGGCUGCCUCGACUCAAGACGUGCAGCAGCGCGCAACCAACAUCGCCUGCAAGACCGUUGCAGCACUCGAGGGCGCCGGCGUAUUUGGCGUCGAACUCUUUGAGCUUGAGGAUGGCCGCGUGCUGCUCAACGAGGUGGCUCCUCGUCCUCACAAUUCGGGCCACUACACUAUCGAGGCCUGCGAGGUGGAUCAAUUCGAGGCCCACUUGCGUGCCAUUGUCGGCCUGCCCGUUGAAGGGACCCGCCUCGCUGUCGGUGCUUCCCUCAUGCUCAACAUCCUUGGUACUGGUCAAGCCGCCGAUGCUCAAGCGCUGAUGCAGACCGCCAUGUCCACCCCAGGCGCUCGCCUUCACUGGUACGGCAAGGCUGGUGACCGUCCUGGACGCAAGCUUGGCCAUAUCACUCUGGUGGCCGACGACAUCUCAGACUUGCGCGAGCGCCUGGUUCAGCUCUCCCCCAAUACGGCACAGGAGGUGCUGUACGGUGCUGGCUCGCGUGUCGGCAUCAUCAUGGGCUCCGACUCGGACCUUCCCACCAUGCAAGCCGCCGCCCGCGUCCUCGAUGACCUCAACAUUGCCUACGAUCUCACCAUCGUCUCCGCACACCGCACCCCGGACCGCAUGGUGCGUUACGCCGAGACUGCCGUGGACCGUGGCCUCAAGGUCAUCAUCGCUGGCGCCGGUGGUGCCGCCCAUCUUCCCGGCAUGGUGGCAGCAAUGACCCCGCUGCCGGUUAUUGGCGUGCCCAUCAAAACGUCCACGCUCAGCGGAGUUGACUCGCUGCACUCCAUCGUGCAAAUGCCGCGCGGCGUCCCCGUGGCUACCGUGGCCAUUGGUAACGCCAUGAACGCCGGUCUCUUGGCGGCUCGCAUCCUGGGUGCCACCAACCCAGCAAUUCAGCAAAGGCUGGAGCAGUUUCGCGAAGAUUCAAAGGCCGAGGUUUUGGACAAGGCCGCACGACUCGAGGAGGUGGGCUACGAGCAAUAUCUCGCUACCACAGCCACCCGGGAAGUCAAAUAA